AUGGCUAAAGGUCCAAUUAUAAAACACCUUCAAGGUCAAGGAACGUGUAAUCUUGUCCACUAUCCACUUCAAGAUACCCUGACUGCGAUCAAUGACACCCAGCGUCAGAACUAUAAUGAAGCACUUAUUUGCAAGGGAGUGAGCGAUGAUGGCGACGAAGAACUCCUCCGCAGCGACAAUUACAAACGACUCUUCCCCUGGUGUAGGGCGUUGAAAACGACGCAAAGCAUCUCAUCUCAUCUCUUCAGGACCCGCAGGAAGUUGAACAAAUUACUAAGAUUAAACAAUACACUUAUGGGAGUUAUCCAGCCUACUGCUGCUUCCAAGUUACCACCUAACCUUACUCCGGCUCAACACCAACAGGUUCAGGCACAGAAACAAGCUUAUGAUGCUCAAGUCGCUGCAUCACGAAUCGCUGCAUCACAAGUCGCUGCAUCACAAGUCGCUGUAUCACAAACCGCUUCGCCUUCCACCCAGAAAGCCGAUGUUCCAGCAUCUAGCCAACCAGAGUUAAUUCAUAACCCCUCAGCGAAAAAUCGCUCGGCAAUUCGUCUUCAGUCCCGCGGCCACUUUUCUCCUUGGGUCGAGCCACCCCUAGCGUAUGAUAAUUUAUCAACGCCCGGAGCAACUACGAAUCUGAGUGAGCAACCUGGGUCAGCAACCGAUUCCCGCUCUCGACAAGCACAUUAUCAAGUUCGAACCAAAGGCAAUGGUAGAACGGGAUCAUAUUCUAAGCUUCUGCCUCUCCAGAACGAAAGCAGCUACGAAUAUCCUGCGGACAGAGACUCAGAUUCCCAUACGGAGUCAAGCGCCGAUAUAACUGAUUCUAGUCAACUUUCACCAACAUUAUCGACCUCCCAAAUCAUCCUGAAGACCGAGGAGCCCUCUCCAACCAAGUGGAAAACCUCUAAAAGCUCAAGAAGAUAA